AUGAGUAGUGAUGAGCAGAUGGGAAGGUUGUCCAAAGAUCCACACAUGAUGCUCUAUUUCUGUGAUGCUUCUAAUAGAGUGGGUCUUCGUGAUUUAGGCUUUUUGGGUAAUAAAUUUACUUGGGCUAGGGGUUGCAGUGGAGGUAUGGGCCAUAAUGGAGAGGUUGGACCGUUGCCCGAGAAAAAUGAGGACAUUGAUGACGAUUCAAAUGAUGAUAAAAAUUCUAAGACUGAAUGUAACGCGAUUAAUGAGGAGGAUGAGGAUGGUGGUAGUUAUGAAAAUGAAAUAGUAGAUGAGGACGAUGAAGAAAACUACUACGAUGAGGACGAAGAAGAUGAUGACAAUAGUAUUUACAACCAGGUGAACCUCCACGCCGUAAUCUUAGUGAAAUGGGUGGUUGUAGUCAAAGCUAACGCUGGGAAUAAUAACGAGGAUGAGGACAUUGAUGACGAUUCAGAUGAUGAUGAAAAUUCUAAGACUGAAUGUAACGCGAUUAAUGAGGAGGAUGAGGAUGGUGGUAGUUAUGAAAAUGAAAUAGUAGAUGAGGACGAUGAAGAAAACUACUACGAUGAGGACGAAGAAGAUGAUGACAAUAUGACAAUAGUAUUGUAUGACCAUAUUGGUACAAGUUCACAAAGCUUCAAAAGUAUGAGUAAACAAAUGUAUCUAAACUGGUUUAAAAGCGUCAACAUACAAGAGGUGACUCCCCCUCGCGAUGGAUCAGAUGCAGAUGGUGUGCUGUGGGAUUCGUCAUUUAAAUUUUAUACUGGCAUGUUCUUUGAAUCAAGAGAUGCAGUAAAAGCAGUUGCAAAAAUAUACUCAAUAGGAGUACGCUGA